AUGGGUGGAAAAGUAUUGUUGACGACUUCUGUAAGAAAACGGGAAAAGACUAUGAUAAAAAAAAUGAAAAAUCAUUGGGAUUACAUGAAAGGAGAAUGGACACUUUUUAAGCAGUUGAUGAGAGGGGAGACAGGGUUAGGAUGGGAUGCCACGAAAAAUACGAUUAUGGCAGAUGAUGAUUGGUGGGAGCGAAAAAUUAAGGAGAAAGAGCACGUGCAGCAAAUCAAGAACAAUCUUGAUGAAGAAGGAAUAAAUGUCAUUGAUGAUUGUGACAAAGAACACUUCACUUAUCUUAAUGAUGAAGUGAGCGAUGAAAGUGAUGAUCUACAGAAUAUAAAUUCUGUUAUGUUUCCAGAGCCAUCACUAAAAAGACAAAAAUCAACUGAUGGUGUUAGCACCAGUAGUCAAUUGAUGAGACAUCCAUCGAGAAGUAUUGGCACGUUGGGACAAAUUCCUGAUAUUCUAGCUGGGAGUGAAAUUUACAGUUUUACUAUGAAUAUGUUCCGCAAGAAAAAUAAUCGACAGAUAUUUUUGGGGAUGCCUACUGAUGAAGCUCGCAAGUGUUGGUUGGAGUUUAACUACCAGUUAUACCUUAACAAAAAUGGAUAA